CUUUACCUCGUUUUGUUGUUAUGGAAAUUUUGUUAAUACUUGGUUAAAAAAUCUUAAAUAAUUACUAUAUGAUGGACAAUGGUUAAGUUUCGUGAUGCAGCCGCUGCUUACAAAUUCUUGAACGGAGUGAUUUGUGUCUACAAACCGCCAUGUGUGCCCGUGAAACGAGUCCAACACACCAUCAUAACCAAUCUGUGUCGAGAUUUAAACGCCUUGCCAGGCCGUCCCAUCGAGCAGAGAGUAGAGAUAGUAGGAGCCACCAAUGAGCCAAUGCUGGUAAAGAUGGUCCCUAACUAUGCGGAUGACCCGUUAGCCUGCGGCCCUAGAUACACCCACGACGACUUCAGGUGUUCCUGGGCGAUGCAUUUAGGGCUGUUCAGCAGUGGAGUUCUGUUGCUCGGCAUAAACGACGGUACCCGUCUCACGUACAAGCUGCACACUGCCCGCCUGACCCGAGCUUACAAGAUCCACGGUCAGCUCGGCAAGGCCACGGACACCCACUUUUGGAACGGACGGACGGUAGAGCGCGCUGCGCACGCGCACGUCAACCGCGAGAAGAUAGACAGGGUGGUGGCGCACAUGCAGAGCGCGCACCAGGGCACUGUUUACGAAAUGACAGGCCUCCACAGCGACUCCCAGACCCUGUACGACUUGGCCUCGCAAGGCCCCAUCAGGCCUAGCGAUAACAAGCUCCCAGUGUUAUACGGCAUUAAAUGUGUGCACUUCAAACCACCGGACUUCACUUUAGAAAUACAGUCUGUGAACGAGUACGAUAAGUACUUCUGGACGCUGGUACACGACCUGGGGGUUCAGCUUAAGACGUCUGCGCAUUGCACGGGCGUGCAGUGCAUUAGGCAAGGCAAGUUUGAUUUGUCCAACGCGAUGCUCCGCAAACACUGGACGCUAGAACACAUCGCCAGAAACAUGGACGAGUGCAGACAACUCUUGGAGGCGUCCGUAGGCCUCGCCGCGCCGGAAUCCGCUAGGCUCACGGGCUAACCUUCGGCCUCGAGAAUAAUUUAGAGAUAAUGUACAUAUUGGAUAAGCUUUAAGUAGACAAUAAUAGUACAUUAUGAUACAAGUGUGCUAAGUUGGUAUUGAGGCGAUAUUGUGCGCGCGAGCUGUAAGCGAGCGCGCAAUAAGAAAGCCGAUGUGUGUAAUGACCAAUGCACACGCGUUUCAUACGACGUUUUUCAACACACUUGCGAGAAAAAAAAAGAUACUCAUAUUAAUCAAAUUUUAAUAGUUUUUACAGUUAGUAUUGUGUGUUUCAUCUGUCAUACUGCCGGCCGGGGCGAGGGCCGGCCGCGCCAAUUAAAGAAGGCUCCCUUUCCAUGCAUAUUAUUAGCAAUCAGUUAGCUUCUUAACUCAGUCGGAUAAUAUAAUGAAAAACCACGAGUGGAAUAAUACACUGAAAGAGCACGCGUGUUUAAUAUCUAGGAUUAUGAGCCAAAAAUCGGUGGAAUAAAAACGUCGUUUUGAGCAAGUGUGUUGAAAAGAUAGUUAUUGAAGUAAAUAGAUGAUUUUCUCUUUUAAAAUCCACAUUCAAAAUUACAUAUAUUCAAUUCUAAAAAUGUUAUGUCAUUUCUUAUCAGAAUCAUACAAUUAAAAGCAGUUAGUUUAUUUUAA